UUCACCAAAUCAGUUAAAUAGCAGCUGGAUAUUAUUCCGACAUAAAAGAUCUUCCAUUUUCUUCAUCGUAGAAAGGGCAUGAAUCUGUGUCUGAAGCCACCGUGUUCGAUAACAUCCUCUUCAUACUCCGCCGCGAGGAGGAAAGACAAGAAACACGAUCCCAUUUACCGAAACAAGACCCCAAUAACUCUCCCUUUCCCCAAAUCACACCCAACCCCACUCUUGCUCCAGCGCAGACUCCCUCCCCAAUCCAAGAAGCAAGCCUUAGAAAACAUCAUAACCGAUUUAGAGUCCUCCGCCAAAAAUGGCAUCGAAUUAAACGAUCCCCAAAUUUUUGCGUCCCUUUUGGAGUCUUGUUUCCAGUUGGAAGCGAUCGAUUACGGCGUAAGAGUUCACAACCUUAUUCCAGAGAAGCUCCUGCGCAAGAAUGUGGGGAUCGCAUCGAAGCUUUUGAGGUUAUACGCGUGUAGUGGGCAAAUCGAGAAAGCCCACGAGGUGUUCGACGGAAUGUCUGACCGAAACUCCUCGGCUUUCCAGUGGAAUUCGCUUAUCUCUGGGUAUGCUGAGACGGGCCAAUACGAAGAUGCGUUGGCGUUGUUCUUUCAGAUGGUGGAGGAUGGAGUCCGGCCCGAUCAGUACACGUUUCCGAGGGUGUUGAAAGCGUGUGGAGGAGUUGGAGUGGUUCGGAUCGGGGAAGAAGUUCAUCGCUGGGUGGUUCGCUCGGGUUUUGGAAACAACGCGUUUGUUUUGAAUGCGCUAGUCGAUAUGUAUGCGAAAUGCGGUGACAUUGUUAGAGCUAGGAAGGUUUUUGAUGGAAUUAAGGGAAAGGAGUUGGUUUCUUGGAAUUCAAUGAUAAAUGGAUAUAUUAGGCAUGGUUUGAUAAUCGAAGCACUCUCUCUACUUCGUCGGAUGGUGGUCGAGGGAAUUGAGCCUGAUGGGGUCACUUUGUCAGCGGUUAUGACAAGCGUGCUUCUUGAGAAAAUUGGAAGAGAAGUUCAUGGAUGGGUUGUUCAUAGAGGGAUGGAAUGGAACUUAUCCGUGUGCAACUCAUUGAUGGUUUUCUACGUGAACCAGAAUGACCUGGAGAAAGCGACAUGGUUGUUUGAGUGUAUGCCGGAGAGGGAUGUAGUUUCGUGGAAUUCUAUCAUUUCAGCUCACUCUAAAGAUCCCGUAGCCCUAGCGUAUUUUGACCGGAUGUUGGAGUGUGGUGCCUCGUCGCCAGAUGGCAUCACAUUCGUCUCCUUGUUGUCUGCUUGUGCUCACUCAGGAAUGGUUAGGGAUGGAGAGAGGUUAUUUCGGAUGAUGGUGGAGAGGUAUGAGAUGAGGCCGAGCAUGGCGCAUUAUUCGUGCAUGGUGAAUCUUUAUGGAAGGGCGGGGUUGGUUGAUGAAGCGUAUGAGUUUAUAGAGAAGAGAAUGGAGAUGGAGGCUGGGCCGACUGUUUGGGGAGCGUUGCUGUAUGGUUGUUACCUUCAUGGUAACGUUGAGCUCGGGGAGAGAGCUGCAGAGCGUCUGUUUGAGUUGGAGCCGGACGGUGAGCAUAAUUUCCAGCUCCUGAUUAAGAUUUAUCAGAAAGCUGGAUGUUAUGAGGAUGCUGAGAGAGUAAGAGGUGUGAUGAUGGAAAGGGGCCUGUAGAUUUUGUGCUUGAUUUUAUGUUGGGAUAAGUUGCUUUCAUAAAAUGGAGCAGAAGAAGUGAUGCUGGGAUGCAUGUUAAUUACUUCUAUUUUUGUUGCAAGUGAUUGAUGGAGAGGCAGUGGCAUGUUGAAAAGUGAACUAUUCUAGUGUUAUAAAAUAGAAUUCUAGAUUAUUGUUACAGUAAUAUAUUGAAAGGUAAUAAAAAUUACAAUAAAUUUACCAGAUUA